AUGCCCACUUCCCCGGACCAAGCUCAAGAUUCCACUUCCCCAGACCAAGCUCAAGAUGCUGUCGUUACUGCCACGGAGCUUCUCGCGUACGAUGACGCGCAGCUGGCCUUGUUCCUCAAGUCCAUCAAAACAGACAACGGCUAUGACCUUUCAUCCGUAGACGGCUUCAUGGAAUUCUCCAAAGCUCAAAAAGAUAAAUUUUCAGAUAAAGUCGAGCGAGCUCUUUUGCGAAUAGAACACCAAGUCGACGAGCUUCAUGAGCGCUUAGCCAACUUGGCUGAUCAACCGCAUGAUUCCACAACCUUCGAACCUCGACACCUGACCACUGAAUCACCUAGUCCGCCGCCGCUGGGUGUUCCUCGCAAGUCGUUCGAAGACGCCUGCUAUGAUGGUCUCAUUGAAGCUGGUUGCCGUCCUGUCUGCUCGAUCCAAGAACGCAAUCAUAUUUCCGCCGAGCCAGCCACCAGGUAUCGCCCAGUCAUUUCCUGGCUCACCGACGAUGCAGACACCGCGACUGGGGCCGAUGAGAUUCGGUCAGUCUUUUCCAGGCAGUUCAGGCAGUGGUGGUUCUUCCGCAAGUCCCAGUGGAUAAACCGAGGAAUCGACGAGUCCGAGGAAGAACUUUCUGUCCACGUUGAGUCAUACAGGCGCAGGGCGGUCGACUCAGGUAAUGAAAGGUUGACACGUGAGCCUGACUUCGACUACGUUGAACGCGCCAUAUGGAAAGAUAUCCCUAAGGCUCGGCAGCUGCCGGACGGCCAACCAUUCUCAGCUUAUAGAGCUGCAGUAGAAUUCCGUCUCAAGCCUUAUGGCUUCAAACGACGUUUGCAACUUCGAAAGAAUCCACAUCAACAGGAUGCCUGGACGAAUUGGCUGGAGUAUCUCAGCUUUGAGAAAUGGAUUCUAGAGCACGAAAUUGACACUGCAGAUUCCCUGGAGUCAGAAUUCCUCAGUUCCUGGCGCCUCCUCGCUGCUAGAGACAUGGAGAUCCUUUCGAGACAACACUCGAACGCCAUGACAGGUCGUCCAGACAGAGCAACAAAAGCUGACCAGGACGCGAACGAAACAGCCAUUCAUAACUUUAUUCAACAGACAAAGCGUUACAAAGAGGCUCGGGCAGCUGUAUACUAUCAAAUACAUCGAGUCAAAUGGGCUGUCCGGGAGGCACGUCUCUUGGAAUCGGAAAUAGCCCAACAAGCAAAGGCAGCGGAGCGCUCUCGCCUGGAAAAGAGGAGCGAGACUCGAAAGAGGCGACACGAAGAGAAUGACCAAGUCAAUUCGAAUUCCCAGCUGAAGAAGCCCAAACGAGGUGCCGCAGGCGAGGGGGUAACUCCGAGUUCAAGAGACGUGGCUUCCACUGGGGCCCCUCGCAGGAGUGCUCGUCUUGCCAACAUGGGCAAUCAAGCUUGA